CUCUUUCCUCCUAACUCCAGGGCUCCAUGAAGCAACUGAAGGAGAAAUACCCCUUCCCUUGGAGGGAACCCCAAAGCCCAAGGAUAAAUGUUGUAGAAUGACAAAAGAAAGGGGAAACCACAGACCUCAGAAAGCUGUUGGUGCUCCAUUGCUUUAGGUUCUUACUGCCCAUGUAAGGCCAGGAAGGAGGCAGUAAAUAAAGGAUGAGUCCUUCCGGAUCAUAGCAUUGAGAGCCAAGAGAUUAAGGAUGGAGAGGGGCUGGAUCAUGUGGCUGCCACCAUUAUUGCUACUGUUCCUCAGCAUGGUGACUCCAUUUGCCCCUGCCCAGACCCUGAGCUAUCAGAAUUUGGUGAACCGAUUCAUCAUCAACUACAAUAAGAAAUUGGUUUCAGGAAAUCUCUUCCGACUCCUGGUUCUGAAUCUGCCACCUGGGACAAACAAUGAUCCUUCUAUUCCCCGUCCCUUGAACUUUACCAUAAUGGAGACUGUCUGCCCCAAGACCAAACCACACAAUCUGGAUGAAUGCAACUUUAAGGAGAAUGGGCUGGUGAAAGAAUGCUAUGGAACCAUCUCCUUGGAAGCUACACGACCCUCCAUCAGUAUUUCUUGUGAGGAGCCUGAAGAAUUAAAGAGGGAGGAUUUUCUGGAUCAAAUUAUUCGGGAUUUUAGAAAUUUCAUUUAUCAAAAAUAUAGGCGACUGCGGGAUGAAUUUCGAAAACUGCGGGACAUUUUAUCCGGAUGAGUCAACAAUAAGAAGUAGGAUCCUAGGAUGAAUCUGCACCUUGACUUCUGUUUCUAGCACCAAAUUCUACUCUGGUUCCCUCAAAUUAAUAAACUGUGUGAAAUGGUUUGUUUUAUCUUC